AUGGAAAGUGAAUUGAUUGGAUUGUUCGAGGCGGCGAAGAAGGCGGCCGAUGCGGCAGCUCUAGACGGUGUUUCCUCCUCGGCCCCGGAGGUUUCUCAAUGCCUCGAUUCCUUGAAACAACUCCAGACGUUUCCUGUCACAUACGACACGCUCGUCGCGACUCAGGUAGGGAAGAAGCUGAGAUCUCUUGCAAAACAUCCUAUUGAGGAUAUCAAAAAGGUGGCUACCGAUCUGCUUGAGAUUUGGAAGAAAGUUGUCAUUGAAGAGACAGCGAAGGCUAAGAAAAUUGAAAGCACAAAUGGUUGCAAAGAGGUUAAGUUAGAGAGGAAGGAUGCUGAGAAGCCUUCGAAUCCGGCGCCUGUUAAAGUCCCAAAACUUCAGAGAGGUGACUCGGCUAAGAGUAUGAAGGUAGAGAGAAAGGAACCAGAGAGCACCAAAGCCAUUAACGGCGUCAAGAAGGAAUCAGACAACAAAGCCAUCAACGGUGUCAAGAUUGAGAAGAAGGAACCAGACAACAAAGUCACUAUCGGUGCAAGUAUGAAAGCUCCAGCGAAGGCACCUCCAAAGCUAACUUCAAUGCUUAAAUGCAAUGAUCCCGUGCGUGACAAGAUCCGUGAGUUGCUUGUGGACGCCUUGUCCAGGGUUCAUGAAGAAUCUGAUGACUACGAUAGAGAGAAGGUAAAUGGAUGUGAUCCACUCCGCGUUGCUGUCUCAGUGGAGUCUCACAUGUUUGAGAAACUUGGCCGCUCAACCGGAGCUCAGAAGGUCAAGUACAGGUCUAUAAUGUUCAACCUGAGAGACAGUAACAACCCUGACCUAAGGAGGAGAGUUCUCACCGGAGAGGUGCCACCGGAGAAGCUCAUCACACUGUCUGCUGAAGAAAUGGCAAGCGACAAGAGGAAACAAGAGACUAAUCAGAUCAAGGAGAAGUUCUUGUUUGAUUGUGAGCGUGGUCCUGCACCAAAAGCAAGUACUGAUCAGUUCAAGUGUGGGCGUUGUGGUCAGCGGAAAUGCACUUACUAUCAGAUGCAGACGAGGAGUGCUGAUGAGCCGAUGACGACUUAUGUUACCUGUGUUAACUGCAACAACCACUGGAAGUUCUGUUGA